UCCCUUGGACACAGCGGAUCACUGAUCCACGGAAAGAGCCGAAGAUGUCGGCUCGGUCAUGUGAUCAGCUGUGGCACUGAUGAUCAGUGUGCCCUGAUGAUCAGUGUAGCCCCAGCAGUGCCACCUGUCAGUGUCCAGCAGUGCCAGCUCUCAGUGCUCAUCCAUCCACCUGCCAGUGCCCAUCAGUGCCACAUCAAUGCCACAUAUCAGUGCCUACCAGUGCACAUCAAUGCCACAUAUCAGUGCCCAUCUGAGCUGCCUUUCAGUGUCACCCAUCAGUGCUAGUCAGUGCCAACUAUCAAUGCCAAUCAGUGCCACCUAUCAGUGCCAGUCAGUGCCGCCUAUCAGUGCCAGUCAGUG